AUGGGAGUAACAGGGAUUAUGGGCCUGUGCGCUCUGAUGAUGGCUCGUCUGACUAAUAUGUUCAGCAAUUACUCUCUGAGUGAUUUUAUGAGUAUCGGGAAAUGGGCAGACCGUCUUGGUUGUCUUGUGAAGUGGCUCCCGUGGCUGGUGGCUGUAUGCGCCAUCGGCUGGAUUGUGAUUAAUGCGGUCAAUAUCAGUUGGAUCCUCAUAGACCCGAAAAGUUGGUGCGCCAGGAGAUGGGCGGACAAGGGUAUUGCCGCAGUAGUCAACUGCCGCACGUGGUACCGGGGCGACGCCCCCUGCAUCGAACCACAGGAGAAAACGAAUAUGGCGAACAAAGUCGCUUCAUGCAACGACGGCGACUUCCUUGAGGCAAAUCAUUUCUUCCUUUUUACGCCAAAGGACGGCGAGAAGUGUUCUUUCAAAACCAUAGAGAUUUGCCGGGCUUUCAAACAAAAGUACACGAGUUUUGGCAAUGGAGGGGACAUCAAUUGGGGAAAGGAGCCUCUAGACAAAUGUUUGGGGACCGAGGCGGAAACGCUUGGAGCCGACAACUUUCUGGUAACAACGGACGAGAACAGCGACUUGUAUCGAUACGUCUUCAUGUACGUCGUUGGCUGGUGCGUCGCUGUGUUGACACUUGUGAUUAUCUUCUACUAUGUCAAGAGUUCCAGUAAUUUCGAGGCGAUGUUCUACCAGCCUCAGCGAAAGGGAGACAACGUCAUUCUGAAAAUAAUUCGGCCCCUUACCCCGUGGAGCAGGUAG